AUGGCGGCCGCAGCGGUGCGACUGUUGCGGGAUGGACGGAUUGACGGCAUGGAGGCACCGACAGUGGUGCUAGGCGACACGUGUCACGUUCUGGGAGGCUGGCAGAUCUUGCGCCACAUGACUGAGUCCCUGGUUCGAGCGAUCCACUGCAAUCGCGCGCAGGCAAGCCGAGCAGUGCUGGUCUUAGCCUCACCCCGUGCUGCCACAACCGCCGUAACCACCGCGCAUGGCGCCACUGGGGGGCUGUGCGCGUGUCACUGCACACUGAUAGACUGUUGCUCUGACCCCAUGGGGUGGGGACAGCCGUUUCAGCCGUUUCAGCCGCCCUGUAGUCAGCCAGUCAAUUCCAGCGGCGACAGUGAAGGCAUUGGGAGUGCAGGCAGCAGUAAUGCGGAUCCAAUUCUCAGCAGCUGCUGCAACGUGUGGGACCUGCAGUCGCUUGAGCAGCGCAUUCUUAGUGCGGCUAAGCCUCAAGCCACGGAAUCGCACGCAGGCGUGCAAGGGACCUCUCCAUCCAUCGUGGUGCUAGACUCGCUGGACCCCUUCCUGCGCCACAACACGCCAGCAGCUCUCCUCGCCAUGAUCGCGCGACUGCAGUGGCAUGCCUCAGUUUCGGGAGUCCUCCUCUUAUCCCAUGCUGACGUCACCCCGCCAGCUGUCACCUCCUCCUUGCGCCACAUGGCGCAUGCACUCCUCUCCCUGGAGCCCCAUCCCGGCCACUCCAUUCUCCCUCUCUCCCUCCUCCUCUCCUCCCCAUUACUCCCUCAUCCCGCCUCCUCUUCCCACCACCCUUUGGGAAACUCAGCUGUUACCACUGCCACGAACAGCACUAGCAGCACCGCAGCUGGCACUGGUAUUAUCAGUGGGAGGAGCAGCGGCAGGGGCGAGAGUGGUGGCAGCAUGGGUGGGGACAUCAUGGGGGAUCGGCACGUGUUGCCGGGAGGGAUACUGGUGCUGCAGCAGAAGAGGGCUUCGGGGAAAUUCCGAACCGCGCUUGAGGAGUUUCAUUUUGACCGGCAAGGGGCAGUGCACAUAGACGCACAGACCAAGGGCUCUGUGCGCAUGCCACAACCACCCACCGCGCCCAGUGAAUCACCUGUGACCGCACCACAACCCACCCUCGCAAGUGACAACAAAAGAGACAGCACAGUUGAGCCUCCUCCAAAUGUACCUCCACCAGAGCAGCAGCCUGCAGAGGGGCCACACACGGGGUUGACAGGGAGAAGAGAGGGUGCAGCCGUGGAGCCGAGUAGGGCGAUGGGAGAUCGGGUACCAGAGGUCUCCUUCCGCCUAGAACUUUCAGAAGAGGAACGUGCAGCAAGAGAGAAAGUGGUGUUGCCAUACGAACACCGAGGCGAAACUGGACCAAUCAAGAUUUACGAUGGGAGGAGGAGUCUUGCGCCAAGCCAGAUCAAGGGAGCAGCAAAGGCUUAUGGAGAGAGUUUGGUUGGUGUUGUGUCGGCUCGUAUGGCGGAACUUGCUGUGGGGACCACUGGGGGCGAGUGGAGCGAAGGCGGAGGUGGUGGUUUGAUUCAUUAUGAGCGUGAUUCGGAUGACGAGUACCCGGAUUCGGAUGAGGACCCUGAUGAUGAUCUAGAUAUAUAG